AUGGCCGGCCUCAACUCCCUGGAGGCGGUGAAACGCAAGAUCCAGGCCCUGCAGCAGCAGGCGGAUGAGGCGGAGGACCGCGCUCAGGGCCUUCAGCGGGAGCUGGACGGCGAGCGCGAGCGGCGCGAAAAAGCCGAAGGUGAUGUGGCAGCUCUCAACCGAGGCAUCCAGCUGGUGGAGGAGGAGCUGGACAGGGCCCAGGAACGGCUGGCCACCGCCCUGCAGAAGCUGGAGGAGGCAGAAAAGGCUGCGGAUGAGAGCGAGAGGGGAAUGAAGGUGAUAGAAAACCGCGCCAUGAAGGACGAGGAGAAGAUGGAGAUUCAGGAGAUGCAGCUCAAAGAGGCCAAGCACAUCGCCGAGGAGGCCGACCGCAAGUAGGAGGAGGUGGCUUGGAAGCUGGUCAUCCUGGAGGGCGAGCUGGAGAGGGCAGAGGAGCGUGCGGAGGUGUCUGAACUAAAAUGUGGGGACCUGGAAGAAGAACUCAAGAAUGUCACUAACAAUCUGAAAUCGCUUGAGGCUGCAUCUGAAAAGUACUCUGAAAAGGAGGAUAAAUAUGAAGAAGAAAUUAAACUUCUGUCUGACAAGCUGAAGGAGGCCGAGACCCGCGCUGAAUUUGCAGAGAGAACAGUGGCCAAACUGGAAAAGACGAUCGAUGACCUGGAAGAAAAACUUGCCCAGGCCAAAGAAGAGAACGUGGGCCUACAUCAGACACUGGAUCAGACACUAAAUGAACUUAAUUGUAUAUAACCAGAACCGGAAGAGUCUUGUUCCAACAGAAAUUCUAGAGCUCCAUGUCUUUCUCUUCUUUUGUAAGAAGUUUCUUUUGUUAUUGCAUCUUCGCUUUGCUGGGAUUUCAAGCAAAUUAUGAAUAUGUGACCAAAUAUUUUGUAUCAGAGAAGCUUUGGGCACCAGUUAAAUCUAA